GACAAGGAGGAGGAGGAGAAGAAGACAGAUAAAACAGACAUGGAGGAGGAGGAGAAGAAGAAGACAGAGAAAACAGACAAGGUGGAGGAGGAGAAGAAGAAGAAGAAGACAGAGAAAAGAGACAAGGCGAAGGAUGAGAAAUCCGAGAAAAAAGAGCUUAAAAGUCCUGAGAGGAAAACGGACAAGAUAGCAGAGACAGCUGAUAAGGCCAAAAAAACUGCAAGUAAACCUUCAACCAAUGGGAGCGGUGCUGCACCAAGCCGGGACCUGCCAAGUCCAGACAAGAAGACCAAGCCUGUUGCUGGGGCAACCAAACCGAGCGCUGCUAAGCCGCGGCCGAGCUCGGCAGCAUCCGUCAGUGCUGCCGCCCCCAAACGCCCCACCCAUUCCUCCACCUCAGCCACACUCAGCAAAAAAACGCCCAUGCCCAAGGCCCCCACCCCCACCACUGCCCACAAGCGACCCUUGUCCGCAGCCAACCUCUCCACAUCUGCCUCCACCCCUGCGCCCCGUGAGGUCAAGUCUAAGACCACAGAGAGACGUCCUCUAGUACCAAAGGCGACCACCACCUCCACGGCUCCAAAUGCUGCCCCCAAAAACGUCUCUGCUACCACGGCAACCAGUAAACCAGCCAUGGCGCCCCGCACCGCCACAAGCACACCCGCAACCAGACGCCCCCUGGCAUCAAAGACUGACAGCAAGCCAGGAGAGGAAAUCAAGCCCAGCACUCUGAAGUCAACAACAGCUGACUCCACCCGGCCCCGGAUCAGCACCACCAAUGCCACCCCCCGUGUCCGCCCCACCACCACCAAACCAGCCCCCGCCCCCUCCUCCACAGUACCAGAGAAGAAGCCCCCUGGGCCCCGUGUCCCCCGUCCCACCUCUAACACCACCUGGGGCAAUGUCAGCGCCUCGGGGACCACCUCCCACCCAAGCACAGCUCCCGCACCUGACAUCCGCAACGUGCGCUCCAAGAUCGGCUCCACGGACAACAUGAAGUACCAGCCCGGAGGGGGAAGGUCUCUGGCAGGAGCGACGCCCUGGGCCAAGGCUCCUCCUCCAAAGAGACCAGACAGGCCAAAGUUCAGAUACUCAACAAAAAGGUGGACUUAAGCAAAGUGACAUCAAAGUGUGGCUCCAAGGCCAACAUCAAACACAAGCCUGGGGGCGGCGAUGUGAAGAUCGAGUCCCA